ACGCUUUUCCCGAAAGUAUUAUGAACGAAGCUCCUUGUCCAGGGCCGGCUGUUCCGAUAAUUCAAGAUUAUUCAAUUCUUUCAAUUCUUAGAUAAUUCAAGAUUUUACUAAUUCCGAAAUAAAGAAUUUAGCUUUUCUUGAUUCUUUCAGAAAGGUUUACCGAGGUUAAAUUUGGUCUUUCUAUUGAAUCAUCGAUCCGCGAAAUGAGUUCCUCCGACUCGCCGCUGCCAUCAGAGAAGCAAGCUGAUAGAAUAUUGGAGGCCAUAAAUGAUGAUUAUGGAGGUGUUGUUGUGGAAAUGACCAAUGAACCCAUGGAUGCUCAUAUCUUUGUUUCUUUACUCAGAGCCUCGCUUUCCCACUGGAGACAACUGGGCAAGAAAGGAGUCUGGCUUAAAAUGCCUAUUGAGCUUGUAAAUCUUGUUGAACCUGCUGUUAAGGAAGGAUUCUAUUGUCACCAUGCGGAAUCCAGAUACUUGAUGCUUGUGCAUUGGCUUCCUAGUACUCCUAAUACUCUACCUGCAAAUGCCUCACAUAGAGUGGGUGUUAGUGCUUUCGUCAUGAAUGAAAAGAAUGAGGUUCUAGUUGUCCAGGAAAAGGAUGGAAAAUUGCAAAGAACAGGUUUGUGGAAGUUCCCCACACGAGUUGUUGACGAGGGGGAAGAUAUAUGUGAUGCAGCUGUGAGAGAAGUAAAAGAAGAGACAGGAAUCGAUUCGGAAUUUGUAGAAAUACUAGCAUUCAGACAGAGCCACAAGUCAUUCUUUGGGAAGUCAGAUUUAUUCUUUGUGUGCAUGCUACAACCACUCUCCUUUGACAUCCGGCCGCAGGAAGCAGAGAUAGAGGCAGCUCAGUGGAUGCCAUUUGAAGAAUACACAGCCCAACCAUUUGUUCAAGAACAUGAGUUUCAGAGGUAUAUUGCUGAUGUAUGCUUAGCAAAGAAAGAUGAGGGGUAUUCCGGAUUCUCUCCUGUACCUAUGGUAUCUGAUUUUUCUCUGCCGAAGAGCUACUUGUACUUAAACCAGCAGGACCUCGACUUUUGAUAUAGACGCUUUGGGACACACCUGGGACUUGGACAAGCUAUGAAGGACACGGAUGGAAUUGACAGUUGAAUCAAUUUUACAAUUUGAUAUUUUGUAAUUAUUCCAAAUAAUUGUAGUUUAUUAAAGAAGUUCAAUCAAUAAAUUUUUUUAUUAAUAUUUCUCUCAA